AUGUCAGGGAGCAAUGAAAGUCUUCCAGAAGUGUUUAUCUUAUUAGGUUUCUCAAACCAUGCAUGGCUGGAGCUUCCUCUGUUCCUCAUUCUCCUUUUCAUCUACCCCUUGACCAUGCUGGGAAACAUCUCCAUCAUUCUAGUCUGUAGGCUGGACCACCACCUCCACAGCCCCAUGUAUUUUUUCCUCUCUAAUCUCUCCUUGCUGGACAUCUGUUAUACCACAAGCAUCGUUCCCCAGAUGUUGUUCAACUUGGGGAGUUCAAAGAAGACAAUCAGUUAUAUAGGAUGUGCCAUUCAACUUUACUUCUUCCAUUUUAUGGGGGCCUCAGAGUGUCUUCUCCUAGCUGUCAUGUCUUUGGAUCGCUAUGUGGCUAUCUGCACACCACUUCGCUACACCCUAAUCAUGAACCAUCAGAUCUGUAUCUUACUUGUGUCCAUUGUAUUGUUAAGUAGCCUCAUUUAUGCUAUAUCAGAGGUCACUUUGACCUUGCAGCUGCCAAUGUGUGGACACAAUGAAUUAGACCACGUGGUCUGUGAGAUUCCUGUACUGAUCAAGGUUGCCUGUGGUGAUAAGAGUUCCAAUGAACUUGGGCUUUCUGUGGUCUGUGUAUUUUUCCUUGCUAUUCCUUUGGCCUUAGUUAUUACCUCCUAUGCCUAUAUUGGACGGGCUGUUAUGAAAAUUCAGUCUUCUGAGGGGAGGAAGAAAGACUUUGGAACCUGUUCUUCCCAUCUCAUUGUUGUCUUCUUGUUCUAUGGCCCUGCAAUUAGUAUGUACCUCCAGCCUCCUUCUUAUAUCACCAGGGAUCAGCCUAAAUGUAUGGCUCUUUUCUAUGGUGUUGUUACCCCUGCACUCAAUCCCUUCAUCUACACCCUGAGAAAUAAGGAUGUGAAAGAGGCUCUAGGCAAUCUAUUGAGGAGAAUCUUCAGGUCCAAGGGAGGAUUAAUAUUCAGUGUCAAAUAA